AUCGAAACCUGGAAUAGAGAGGCGCGUGUGAGUGACUCGCCUUACUGCAUGUCAUGCUCUGUAAUGCAGCAACUACUCAAGGGGUUCGUUGUCGACAUUUCGCAGUGCAGUUGUGUUGAAACCCCACCAAUACAAUGGAUGCUUUGCAGCAACACUUCAUCACCAUCCACAGCCAUCCUGCCCAUCAUCACACUCUCUAUAAACUGGUACUGCAGUGCAGAAGGGAUGGUUACAGUAGAGAAGUGACAAGAGUAGAGAGUGGAAGAGAGAGGGGGUGCGCGUGUGUGUGUGAUCAACAGAGUAGGAUCAGCAACGAGUCACUAUCAGCCAGCACAGCAGCAGAAGUAGUCCAACAUGAGUGCAAUGCAGAUGAUGAACUGCCUUUCUUCCCCACCAAAAAACUACUUGCGUUUUUUCUCUUUUCUUCUUCCAUCCCACUUUCCCUAAGAAACUCCCACACUACUUCUAGACGAAUCCUCCCCUCCUUGACUUCCUUUGCUUGCAGUUCCUUCUCCUUGAUUCUCCUACCUUCUAAUCAGUCUGCUCUUUCUCGUAACUGUUGUUCUUAUCGUGUCCUACAUACAUACUUCCUGCACUGACGCCCACCUAAGCUGUAACCGCUGGGGUGGACGAAUGAGAGUCUCUCCACGUUCGUCGCAAACAUCCAACACCCCCCAGAACGCGGUCUGAUUUGAUCCCCUAAUCGGGGGUCGACGUGUUUGAGAUUUGUCUCAGUCCCAAGUAUUCCCUGUCACUUCCUGCGGACGAGGGGCGCGCAUACGCAUUUAUUGGGGUCUGGAACGCCUCGCUGACGGCCCAUUCCGUGCAUCAUCUACAGCUAUCCAUUCAUUCCCUCACUCCGAACUCCCUACAAUAUCAACCACAAUCGUCAACCCUCCACUGGACUUAUCGUUUCCUGAGAAA